AUGGACUCCAGUGAUCAAAGCCUGCAUGACAUCUACACUACAAACAGCCAAGAAUGAUGCGAAAAAUACGUAAAACUCAUGGGUGACAAAGAAAAACGAGAAAACGAAUUGAUCCAAGCUCUUGAAUCUUUAGAAAAUGAUGUAAAAAACCUCACAGCUGAAGUUCAGCAGUUAAAACAAGACAACGAAAUGUUAACUAUUCAGCUACAAAUCGUCAAAAAUGAAAAAGAACUCCACAUAGAAGAACAUGCAUCAUCUUCCAGCAAAUGGCAAAAAGAAAAAAGAAAAUUAAUCAAAAAAUACGACGAGGACAAAAAACAAUUGAAAAAAAUUAUCCAGCAGAUUCAGCUGGAUUAUGAAAAAUCGCAGAAAAAUUUGGACGAAGUUUAUAACAAAAAUAAAUUUAGGGAACAAACAUGAAAAAACAAGCUUGAAAUUAGAGAAGAGGAGCUUUAUAAGGUAAUUGCAGAUAAAGAUAAGACAAUUAUGGUAAAAAAUAUAUAGAAACUUAAAGAAGCACUCAAACAGUAUGAAGAAAAGCCGGAUAAUAAAGGCUUAAGCAACACUAUAAUUAAAAAAAUUGCGAAAAAGAAGCUGAAAAUUAAAAGACCGAAAUCCUUUGCAAAUUUAGAUGCACCUUUGUCAACGAGACAUACAAAGAGAGACAGCUCUAGUAAUGAUAUUAGCGAUUUAAUUACUAAUAUUGAAAAAGAGCAGGACGAGCUAAGGCAAAAACUUUAUGAUUUCAGGGACAGCUCAUAUGCAAAUUACCUUGAGGCAGAAAUUCAAAAAAAUGAAGACCGGCUGAGAAAUAUUAAAAUUUCAAGAAAUUCUCCAAGUAGGCUAAGAGUAAUGGAUUUAUAA